AUGUUCUGCCUCCGAAGCUGGCUCCCUCUCCUCUUCAUCCCCACCAACGCAUCCCCCGCCUUCAUAUUCCUCUUCUUCAUCUGCACCUACUUCCUAAACCGCCCCUGCGUCUACUGCUCGAUCCUCCUCCUCAUCCUCUUCCUGACCUCUUGCAACUGGUCCGACCGCUGUUUCUUCGACUUUGGCAGCAACUGGUUCCUCCCCCGUCCGGGAACCCCGACCCAUAUUCCCGGGGCCGAUGACGCCGCCGUCGACUUCAACUCGACCGUCUUUGAGAUGGUGAACACCACGGCUUCUGCUAUCACAAAGGCCGCCAGCGAGGAUCUUGCUGCGAGGAGGGCCGAGUGGACCGGUCUGGGUAUCGAGUGGCUGCGAAACCUCUUGGGCAAGAGGGAGUGGAGGAUUGAUUGUAUGGAUAUAUACGUCCGGCUGUGA